AUGUCUUCCAACGAAGUUCAAAUACCAAAACUUUAUGAUGAUAUCAUGUUUAUCAAGGGUGGAAAUGCUGCUGGUGAGUAUCAGUUGAGGGUUUUAAGAAAGUGGUAUGUUUUUAAUAGUGUUUUUCCUGGAAAUGUUGAAUCGGUUGAUAUGGUGAUGAUCGACAGGAAUGGUCAUAAAAUCCAAGCCACUAUUCCUAAUCUUUUGUUGUGUCUUUUCGAUAACCUAAUAGAUGAGGGUAACGUUUAUGUUUUGUCUAAUUUAUCUGUGACUUACAACUUGCAUGAGAUUCUAGGAAGUUAUAAUAGGUAUAUGCUUGUGUUUAAUGUUAACACUAAGGUGAAUCUUUCUUCGAGUUCUUCUAUUGCACAUUAUGGGAUGUCCCUCAUCGGAUCCGAUAAUGUUCUCCAGCUUUCCGAAAGAUUCAAGUAUUUAGUUGAUGUAAUUGGUGUGAUAACUUUCAUCAGACACAACAAAAACUAUUUCGAUGACGGCACCAUAUCCACGACAGUUUCUUUCAAGCUUACGGAUCAUAGAAAUUCGUAUGAUUGUGAGCUGUGUGGUGACUAUGUUGAUCUUUUUCGUGUAUUGAUGGAGAACCAACCCCUAGGGUUGCCCAUUGUUGUCCUCCAGUUUGCUAAAAUAACUAUGCAACAAGGUUCCAUUGUUGUUCAAAGUGUUGACCAUGUCACAAGGCUCUAUGUUAAUCCAGUCAUUCCUGAAUCAAUACAAUUCAAGAGAGGAUAUCUUUUUAAAUUGAUUCUGGCACUGAACCAGACCAGAAGACUUCUUGGUAAUUGUCCGACGGAUAAAUCGGUGGGCUUUAGGUUUGAUGUCAGUUACCAAUUCAAGACAAUUUCUGAGCUAAUGGAUGACCCCCAAACUGGUAUUUUUAUUGUCAAUGCUCGCAUAGUUGAUAUGAUUGAACUGAACCCGUGGUGGUAUCCGGUGUGUCGUUGUGAUAUCAUUGUUGAGAGCUACCUCGGUGCCUAUUUUUGCGAGAACUGCCACGCAACAGAAUUUUCUGCUGUUCCAAAGUAUAGAUUUAAAAUGGUGUUAGAAGAUGAAACUGGUGCCUGUUUUAUUGAGGCCUAUGAUCAUGUUAUGCUUCCUAUUUCAUUGGUUGACCCUAAUAAUCCGAUAUUGCCUGAGGCUUUUUUUCCCCGUGCAUUUGACUCGGUAAUGGGCAAAAGUAUAGUUUUGAUCCUGCACAAGACAGUUCACAUUGAUAAAUUUCUUGAUCCAGUAUAUGAGGUUCGUUGUGUGUCCGAUGAUCCUCAGGUGAUGAAUUUUUAUGCUAGCAUUGGUCUUUGCAGGAUUCCUUCGAAGGUUGUUCCAAAUUUGAUUGAUCCAGAAUGCAAUCUGAUGAAAAAAAAGGUGUAUCGUCCUCCUGUUACCUCUACCGAACGUUUGCUUGACGAGUAUCUAGGACCGGUUUAUCGCAGGAAUCCGCCAUGCGACGAUGCAGAGAGUUCUUCUGCUGCUGCUGGGAAAUCUAGAUUGGUUAGGCAAUGUAGUAGUAGUUUAUUUGUUCUGGAUAGUUUGAAUGAAUAUGAAGGUUUUCACAUUACAAUGGAGUAUUCCAUUGAUAAUAUAUCCAGGUUUAGUGUUUGUUCUUUAAUGUUUAGGAAUGAUGUUGUAAUUGUGUAUUGA